CACGCAACUGUUCUAUACGUUCAACUUCGCCAAUCAGACGGGCGUCGCCUGGCAAGCGGUGGGCAGCUACCAGUUCACCAACUGGCAGGCAGUGGAUGUGGCGCCGGGUGCCGGUGUGCUCGACGUCGGCGACCAGGUCGAGGUCAUCAUCGUCAGUGGCGGCUGCGGACAAAGCGGACACGGCGGGCUGGUUUAUGUGGAUUCGGGCCAGGGGCUGACUACGCUGCCUGGUCCCUUCGUGACAGCUACGGCACCGGAAUACGUUGUGCGCUCGGACCCUUCGCCCGGUGUCCAACGCACCGUGGAGUACGACUACCACUACAGCAACGGUGGUGAUGCACCCAUGACCAAUAGCCAGGUCAUUGUUCGCUCUCCUCAGGAUCAGGACGAGCGCAAUCCUUCGACCGGGGCGGUUAUCAAUCGUCAGCAAAACCUGCGUGUGGACCCCGGUUCGCUACCUGCCGCAUGCUCCAUCACCCAGACCAUCAACCCGCCGCAUGCCGACAGCUCGCUAGGCCCUAUUGACGUGGUGACCUGUAACGUUGGCACGCUCAAUCCCGGCAAUACGGGAGACCUGCAGUUGAACUGGAUCGUGCCUGACAACGCGCGGGCCCCCACGCUGAACCAUGGCAACUACUACAUCCAGUCCGCGAGUUCUCCUCCGCUGCUGGGGCCAUUGGUCAAGUCGAACCUCACGACGCUGCAGCGCGCUGACCUGAAAGCCUCUGUCACCAAUCCGUCUUCGUCGCUGGCUUGCGGUGCUAGCACCACCUAUACCGUGACGUUGAGCAAUGACGGUCCGGACGCGGCUCCAGUGGGAGUCGAAUUGGGGAAUACGGUACCUUCUGGACUGACCGUGAAUAGCUGGACGUGUGCUGCCACGGGCGCAUUGUCAUGCCCGGCAACCACAGGUUCUGGGUCCAUCGCUGGUGUCACCACGACGCCAUGGGCGUCAGGUGAGCAGUUGGUCUAUACAGUGGACGCCACCGUGGAUUCGUGCUCCGGGGGCGCGCGCUCCAUCGUGUAUCCAGUUUCGGUGAGUUUGCCAGCAUCCGCCGCGACCAUUGUGGAUCCUGACUCCAACAACAACACCAGCGCGCAUUCCAUGAGCGCGGGGCCAGCCUUGCAAACGCUGACGGUUGAUACCCAGGGCACCGGCCUGGGCAAGGUGACGUCGGUGUUGCCUGGCAUCGUCUGCGACAAGACCACUGCGGGCACGCAGUGCUCCGACAACAAGCAGUUUCCUGCGGGUUCGCAGGUGGCGUUGUAUGCCAAUGCGCCUUCUGGCUCGAUCUUUUCGGGCUGGUCUGGCGGUGUGUGUUCCGGCACAGCACAGCCUUGUUUGGUGACGAUGAGCCAGGCGCGCAACGUGACGGCCACGUUCUCGGUGCCCUUGGAUGUGACGGUCACGUCUGGCGUCGGCGGAACUGUGACACCACCCAAUGGCACGGUGGUUCCUGUUGCCUCUGGCAGCACGACAUCCAUCACUGUGGUGCCGAACGCCGGUUUCGCGCCCCAGUUUGGUGGAACCUGCCCCGCCGGUAGCUACGUGGGCAACACCUACACCACAGACGUCUUGACGGCCAACUGCUCCGUGGAUGUGACUUUCACCAACGCGGGGGGGGUGGUCACAGCCACUCCGAAUGCGCCGGCUGGCGGGUCCAUCGUUGGUGGUGCAAAGACGGUCGCAUCGGGAGGCUCUGCAACGUGGCGGGUGAUUCCGAACUCAGGCUUCGCUGCGGUGGACCCCACUCAUACCUGUGCGCCAGGUGUGGGGUCCUGGAACGCUGAUCGAACGGAGUACACCGUGGCACCAAUCAAUGCCAACUGCGCCGUGUCCUUCGCAUUCAGUGCGGCGUUUACCGUGACCGGCACGGUCAGCGGCACAUCGCCCGGCCCUGGCUCGGUCAACGUAGGUGCCACGCAGAACGUGGUGAGUGGAAACUCGGCCAUCUUCACGCUCAGCCGCGCAGGUACUGUGGAUACGGCUGCGAGUACCUGCCCAGCUGGCACGUUCGAUGCGACCAACACCGUGUAUACGGUGCCCUCUGUGACCGCCAGCUGUGGCGUGGUGUUCAGUUUUGCCGCUGUGGCGGCCGCUGCCAAUCCGCAAGCGAUUCCCACCCUCAGCGAAUGGGGCCUCAUCCUCAUGUCGGCCCUGAUCGCUCUGUGCAUGGUGAUCAUGCAUCGCCGCCGGAAAUUCUGA